CGUUCAUCGAUUGGUCGAGACUAGCUCUCACACCGGAAGUGAGAGGAGCAACCAGGCCGGCCAGCAGGAUCCAAGAUGGUGGCCACCAGGAGAGGAGUACGCGUGUACUCCCCAACUAAAACAAACCCCGACCAGUCCUCCGAUGUCCCGGCCACUCCUUCCGCUGGACGGAGAACCAGGAGCACUGCUAAACAGGAAGAGAGCCCAACCCAGAAUGCUCUGGUGGAGACAAGAAGCCAGCUUGAAAAAAGCGAGGGACAACUCGAGGCAUCUCCACCCUCCUCCGUGCUGAAAAGAUGCGCCAGAGCUUCCAGACUCCACAGUCCAGAACAGCCAUGCACACCCGUGGGCUCCAUCCACGAAGCGGAAACGUCAGAUGUGGACUCCUGCUGCUCUGCUGUGACAGACACCGAACUACCAAUGACACGCACCAGGGGGAGGAGGAGACAGCCCUGCAGAGUUAGUCAGGAAGAUGAGGAGAUAUCUGAGGUGGAAUCAUGCUCUUCUGCAGUAUCUGCAUCGAAAGCUGGCCAAAGUAGCCGUCGGAGCACAAGGAGGAAGACGAUUCCUAAAAGCCCUGAGCCGGCUCAUGUUGAGGUGGGAGACGUCAAGACCGACUUGGUGCCCAAAUCCCAGAGAGCCACCAGAAGUCAGAGAAAAGCAGCUUCCACCAGAUCAUCUGCCAAACAACAACUUGAAGACUCCGAGCUCUCAGAUGCUGACAGCUGCGUAUCCAGCGUCUCAGGAGCUGGAGCUUCUAUGUCCACCAUCCGCAGAAGUACAAGACCCAGAAGGCAAACCGGACCGAUCCCCAUCCACCUAGACGAAACCUCGGAAAGCUCUCAAUCCCCUGCCCCAAGAGCUCGAAUGAGCCGGGCAGCUAAAGGGCGUGCAGCAGCUACUGUAGACGUCAGCGAGCCCCCGUCUUGCGACUCUGAAGGAUUUGAGUCCGGGCCCACUUACAGUAUGACGACUCGCAGACGGGGAAAGACCGAAUCCUACGGUUUCAAAGCGUUGGACUCAGAAUCGGAGCUGACUGACCUGCAUUCCCAGACGGGCAGCCCCUGCACCCGUCGUGGCAAAGGGACUCCCUGCAGCAGCCGCACAGGCUCGGGGAGCAGCAGUCGGAGUGCUCGGGCCACCAGGAGCUCAGUCAAGGACUGUAGUAUUGUUUUGGAAAGAGCUGAGGGGGACACUUCAAUCAAUGAUUCUAGGUUGGAGAGUACAGUGAUCCAUGAGGACGCAGACUGCACACUGUUGGAAGAAGUUGAGAACCAGGCAUUGGAAGAGAAAGAUAAAGAAGGUGUGAAUAGUGCUGCUCUCAGUCCAAGUGAGGCAGAUGCAGUUGGUGUGGAAAAGGGAGUAAUUGUCAUUUCAGAAGAAGAUUCCUCCCAUGGGUCUCUUGAGAUAUCAGACAGUCCUCGUGCUGAGGAAGCUGUUAUUAAACCUGCAGUGACUGACAGACUCCAGCAGGAGGAGCCGUGUGCUGAAAAUAAGGACGGGGACGUCUCAGAGAAGAUGAUGAUGCAGGAAACAAUCCAGCCAUCAGAGCCGUUGAAGCCUGGCCAGUCAGUUACAGUAACCUUAUGUGGAAGUGCUUCUGAAAUCACAGAGGAGACUGAAGAGAAGGAUGAGGAGAUGGAAACAGCUGAAGUGGACGCCCACGCACCACAGGGAGACGAGGAUGCUGCUGUGGAAACCGGGCCCAGUGAGGAGGAGAAAAUGGAAGUCAGCACAUUGAAUACAGAUGCUCAGCAGGUGGUCGACUCCAAUGAGGUCCAAGUUGAGUCCAUUCAGGUGACGUCCAGCCAGCAGCAGAAUAUCACAGUGGAUUCUCACCCUGAACAGCAACCUAAAGAUGUCAUCGUCCAGAGUACAAAAAUAAUCAGCCUGCUGGAGAGCAGCGAGGAUGAAGACGCCGAAGAGGAGGAGAGGGAAGUUUCUGGAGAGGAGGAAGAGGAGGAUUUGGAGUUCCUGGCAGAGGAGAGAGCAGGACCAUCCCAGAAGUGUGAAGCAGCAGCUGCUGCAUCCGUUGAUGGACUCUUUAUGAUCGACACACGGCCGGGACAGGAGGCUGAUGAACUGUACUUCAAGGAGAGACCAACAGAGGAGGAGGACAAGAAAGCCACAAAGGAAGAGCAACAGGAGGAGCAAGAUGAGGAGUUUGUUGAUGAGGAGGGGGAUGAUGACGAAGAUGAAGAUGCGGAACUCCUCUUCUCAAGUAGAAAUCCUCAGUUGAAAGAGUUGUCCAGCCGUAUUGACCCUGGCAUCAGAGUGAAGGAGCUUGGGGGCUUGUACAUCAAUUUUGAUGGCAGCAAAUCAAAACCUGUCUCCACUUCACUGCGAAAACUAAAGGAAAAGAAGAUCCAAGAUGAGGUGAUGAAGAAGAGUGUGAUGGGACCAGAGUUUGAGAAGAAGGACGCAGUGCCUCCGUACAGUGAAUCCAAACAAGCCUCAAAGUUGAAAAACAGAACGGAGAGAGCGAAAUCAACAGGAGACGGUUGGUUUAAUAUGAAAGCCCCCGAGAUCACACAGGAGUUGAAAGGAGACCUGCAAGUCCUGAAGAUGAGAGGCUCCAUGGAUCCAAAGAGGUUCUACAAGAAGAACGACAGAGACGGCUUUCCCAAAUAUUUUCAGGUUGGUACAGUGGUGGACAGCGCAGUCGACUUCUAUCAUUCCCGCAUUCCCAAGAAGGCGAGGAAGAGAACGAUGGUGGAGGAGCUGCUAAAUGAUGCUCAGUUCAGACAGAACAACAAAAAGAAGUACCAGCACAUUGUGACGGAAAAAGCGGCGCAAGGAGCUGGCAAGAGGAACAAGAAGAAGAAUAAAUUCCAUAAGAAGUAAAUCUGAAGACUUGAUGUGACGAACACUGAGUGACUUUUCAUAAAUACUGAUAUUAUCAACUGCAGGUGGUGGGUUGGUGUUGAGUGAUAUUAAAAGUAGUCAGUGCUUUGUACAGGUACAAGGAAAAAAUAGUGCACAUGCUCAUAUUUACACCUGAAACCUUUUUUUAAAAUCAAAUGAAACUUUAUAUUCCAAACCUUUUGCCGCACAGUAAUCAUAGUCUGUCUAAAUAUACAUGCAUCAUAUGAACAUUAAAAGAUUCUUCUUUUGAUGACACGCACCAAUGUUUGUGAAAGUUCUUGUAAAUUCAACUAUCAUCCUAAUAAUAUGGCUUGUAACAUGACUUUGAUCAAAACAGAAACUAGUGUCAGGUGAUCAUUUCUAAAGAUAAAUAUAUUUAGUCAAAAUGUUGAAG